AGACCGUAAGUGACGCAUGUUUUGAACUAAUGAAAUACACAUGCUCGGUGUGUAGACCUUUUGGCUUGCCACAUAGAUUCUAUUUUAACCGAUUAUCACCAAUAUACGUCAUGGGUUUGAAGACGAAGGUCUAAAAAUUGUCGAACUUUAAGUUUCUAGAAAAUGGAUGAUCUGGAGUCAGAACUGAGGGAGCCUGGGGAAGAUCAGGUCGAAAAUGAGUCCUCAGAUGAUGAAUCAAUUAACAGAAAACGCAUCAAGAAACCAAACCUUCCACUGGCACCUCCUGUAUUCAAAGAGACACACCAUGAGACUGGUUUUCACAAGACCACAAGGAUCUGCUUCCAGCACAUCAGGGAGGCCUUGUUGCACCACCGAUGGGAGAAUGCUACGGAGUACAUGGCCAGCUAUGCACAAACACUGGAGGAUACGACAGCAAGCAUGUCACAACACUGCGCCGAGAUCAUUUGGCGGAUGGGCACAGAGAUGCUACAUCAGCGUCCUGACUCAAAGCUUGAAGACUACAACAGCUUCUAUGAGCGAAUUAAGAACUCAGGAGUGAAGCAUUACCUGAAGGUGUGUCUGGAGCAUUCGUUUCACCUCUUGGUCAACGGGCAGUUUGAAGAUGCAAAGCGCCAGCUGUCAAAUGCUCUCAGUUGGAGGUAUGGGAAGCAGUUAACCAGUCAGCCACAGAGGAUGAAGCUGGUCCAGGCCUACAGUGGCUUCUUGGAUUACUUUGUCUGGUGUGACAAAAAAAACGCCAUCUCCAGUACAGAUGAGUAUAAUGCAGGUACCAAUCAAGAAAUGCACAGCUACUUCCGCCAAUCUUCAGUGAACCUGAAGGAGAUCUUAAAGAUUCCUGGCGUCUGGGAUCCUUUUAUUCAGAGUUACGUUGAUAUGUUGGAGUUCUACAGUGAUCAUGAGGGGGCUUUCGCGGUUCUGAGUGACUACGCCUACGACAGCAGCUUCCCCCCAAACCCCAAUGCCCAUGUCUACCUGUAUAUGCACAUGAAGAAACACAACCACCCGUCAAAGAAACUUCUCAAAGUGCUGAAGAUCUUGCACACUUUGGUUCCGAGUCAUGAGUUAAUGCUGGAAUACUGUUUCCUCCUGCUGAAGUCCGAGAAAGAGGGAGAUCUUCAGAAGGCUCUGGGUGUGGUCCUGGAUCUCCUAGACUAUGUCUGUUGGAAGAGGAACCUGGAUGUCUGGAACCAGCUGAUGACUGUCUUAGAAUAUCUAAUGCUCAAAGAUCAGUGGCUGGUGGUUAUUGCUGAGGAGAUGUCGCACAGAAAGGACUGGUGGCUAGCGAUGCACUUCUCAAAGUUCCAGGCUAGAAAAGACUUUGCGGAGAACACAGAGCUGCUAGACGUGAAGAGCUCUGUGGUUCAUGCCCUUUGUCCUCACUAUGCCUCCAUUUACUGCAGUGCCUGUAAGGAAGCCCAGAAGAAGGCUGGAAAUGCCCUGAAUGACUUCAAGACUGCUAAGAGAGAUGUGAAACCUAGGAAGGGAAAGAGGAGACGGAAGACCAGUGUGACCCAGAAGAAAUACCUGCAACGCCGGCGAGUGGAGAGGCAACGGCAGUCAUUUCUGAAGGCGGCUUCAAAGCGUCCACAUUUGCCUGUUCGCCACAGACGGGAGCUCUUUGUACAGUCAUCGUGUUAGACUCUGCUGACUUGCUGCUUCACAUUGACUGUAGUAACUGCCACUUCUCUAGAAUGUUCUUGGUUAGCGCUGUACAAACAGUCAUUCUGUCCAAAAAAGGGACAGACUGCUAUAAUGCCAUAACGAUGUGUUCCAUAUGUGGCCAUGUUUGCCCACCAGUGUAAGCACUCCUAGUGGUUACAUUCUAUUGCUCCAUUUUCAGAGGAGCUGAGACCGAUGCUGUGAGCUGAGUUAGCUGGUACCCUCUAUUACAGAGGUAGACAGCCCCUGUACCCUACACACUGGCCCGCAGUGCCAAUCCAGCCCCUGUACCCUACACACUGGCCCGCAGUGCCAAUCCAGCCCCUGUACCCUACACACUGGCCCGCAGUGCCAAUCCAGCCCCUGUACCCUACACACUGGCCCGCAGUGCCAAUCCAGCCCCUGUACCCUACACACUGGCCCGCAGUGCCAAUCCAGCCCCUGUACCCUACACACUGGCCCGCAGAGCCAAUCCAGCCCCUGUACCCUACACACUGGCCCGCAGUGCCAAUCCAGCCCCUGUACCCUACACACUGGCCCGCAGUGCCAAUCCAGCCCCUGUACCCUACACACUGGCCCGCAGUGCCAAUCCAGCCCCUGUACCCUACACACUGGCCCGCAGUGCCAAUCCAGCCCCUGUACCCUACACACUGGCCCGCAGUGCCAAUCCAGCCCCUGUACCCUACACACUGGCCCGCAGUGCCAAUCCAGCCCCUGUACCCUACACACUGGCCCGCAGUGCCAAUCCAGCCCCUGUACCCUACACACUGGCCCGCAGAGCCAAUCCAGCCCCUGUACCCUACACACUGGCCCGCAGAGCCAAUCCAGCCCCUGUACCCUACACACUGGCCCGCAGUGCCAAUCUAGCCCCUGUACCCUACACACUGGCCCGCAGUGCCAAUCCAGCCCCUGUACCCUACACACUGGCCCGCAGUGCCAAUCCAGCCCCUAUACCCUACACACUGGCCCGCAGUGCCAAUCCAGCCCCUGUACCCUACACACUGGCUCGCAGUGCCAAUCCAGAACUUCACCAUUUCAGGUAGGAUGUAUUUGCGACUGCACGUGUCAUCAUUACGCAGGCUUCAUGCCGGUACGGUGUUCUGUGUGAAAUUGCUGGGACGGGGCAGUGGUGGGUACACACGUGGUCAUUUUCACUCCCUAAGCUUUGAGACUCUUCACGGGGAGUUGGACCAAUGAGGGGCGAUGCUGACCUAAUGCCAGUCACUGCAAAGUGACAAACUGAGACGUGACUACAGGUUGCAUUGCACUGUGGGUGAUAUCUGCCAAUGUGGGUGAGCAUAGUUGGGUGGGCAGCUUUUGUGUAUUGGACCGGUACUCAAUGGUAGUAAAACUGCAUCUGGUUAUGAUGGGGUACCCCCCCCCCCAGGGAUUUUGUCUGGGGUGAGUGUUCGAGGGGCUGUGUGUUUGGAGUACAGGGUCAGAGUUUUUAGGGAAAGAGAGGCUGUCAAGUGGCAGCAUCUGGCUGUACGCGUCGUGAAUUUUGACCUCAAAGGUGCCUCAGCGGGAAUUUUCAAUUAAGAUAUGCACCCACACGACAGACGGCACGCGCCUUUCGCACAGUGUUGCUUCGCUCUGCAUGCUCUCGAGUCCCCGUUUGAAGACAUCACAUCACUGAUGUCCCUGGUUGUAGCGGCCUUUGUACCCUAUAAUAGAAGCCCCCCCACCCCGCUCCACACUGGAUGAAAGAGCUCCAUUUCACAGCCCCAAAGGCUCACAUGCUGCCUGUUUAAUCUUGAUCAGGGAUGACACUGAGCGUUCAUGUUUGUGGCCAGGACCUUGGAGAGGACCUUGUCGUAACGGUUCUUUAUGACCACACCGCUUCCCAACUCCGCCGCGGCCGCGCUCCUACCAGCGCCAGGGGUUGGCCGUGGAUAAGCGCACCUGAAUCAGUUCUUUAACAGAUGGAGGACUGGUUCUGGUUCCGUUUGAUCUGAGCGGUAACCGAGAAUGUACCGGAACAGAACUGGUCCACUCGGCCACUUGAUUUUGCCGCAAACAUGAUUUGUUCUCACUGGCUCGGCCAUUUGUUAUUCAUUUUAUUUUUCUCUGUGGCUUCUUGCUGCAGGAUCAUUUACCGAUGUAUUCUGCCCUAUUUAUUACGGAAUAAACCCUUUUGAUUAAGUUUG